AUGAUAUUAAUAACACUACUGGAAGCAAUUGUCUUAAUUAGUAAUGGCUUUGCUAUUCUAAAUGAAAAGCGAGUCUUAUAGAAAUGUAUUUAAUCUAUUAUUAUUUAGAUGGGUUUGAUAAAGUCGAUUAUACAAGAGCACAUGAAGGAGGAUUCUAACAUAUGAAAGGAAUCAUAGUCAAUUGGUUAAUGUUUGCAAGAUCAAUGAAAUGUAUUAAUACUUUAUAUUAUAUAUUAUAGUUUUCCUUAUCUUGGCUAAUCUCAUUGUUAUUUUAAUUGAGAUUCUAUCAUUUUGAAUUUUAAUAUGUGUC